AUGACAAAUGCAAAACUCACCCACUACCAAAGGCUCCUGCUAGAUUCUCCACAAAUUGCCUUCUUGGACCCGGUGACCCUAAAUCCUGCCACCCUUCUGCCAGACCCAGAUCUGUCGACCCCCAUCCAUGACUGUAGAGACAUCCUUUCCAAAAUUAUCCAGGUGCGAGCAGACCUGAAAGACACACCAUUACCGAACUGUGAGCUAAAUUGGUACACAGAUGGGAGCAGCUUUGUGCAGGAGGGGGUCAAGAGAGCAGGGGCAGCGGUAGUGACCCAUGAAGGGGAAGUUGUCUGGAGUGCAGCUCUGCCCCCUGGCACCUCAGCACAGAAGGCAGAACUUAUUGCUCUCACUGAGGCCCUGGAAAGAGCAGAAGGCAAGCAGGCCAACAUCUACACAGAUAGCAGGUAUGCCUUUGGCACUGUCCAUGUCCACGGCACCAUCUACCGAGAAAGAGGAUUCCAUUCCGCGGAAGGGAAGGAACUGAGGAGUCUACAAGAAGUCCAAAGACUACUAGCCGCUAUCGAAAAACCAAAAGCGGUAGCAGUUAUACAUGUGCCGGGCCACCAACCAAAGAAGACACCUGAGGCCAUUGGCAACAACCAUGCUGAUGCGGAAGCUAGGAGGGCGGCCCUCUCGGAUUCCCUUGUACUUGCAGCCCUCGAGAUACCCAUACCUGAACUGCCCGCCCUGCCACCCAAACCUGAGUAUUCCCCUCAGGAUCUUGAGUGGAUUAGGAAACAAGUCUCGGGGAAAGUGUUUGGGGAGGAAAAUUGGAGUAGGGACCAAGAAGGUAGAUUGAUCCUGCCAGACGUAUUAGGACAGUACAUGCUUGCUAAUCUGCAUAAGUCCACCCAUCUAGGCUGGAAAAAGCUGCUCAGCCUUUUCCAGUCUGCGCAGUUGGUGUUUCCCCACCAGAACGAGGCAGCUCGUCAGAUCACGAAAGAAUGCAGUAGCUGUGCAAUGCUAAGACCAGCCCCAAGAGGGCUGCAACCGGCAGGUUGAUGGUAUCACUCCAUGGGUGCACCACACCCACAUUCGGAAGGUCCUACCUCAUAAAGAUCCAGGGGCCCGUAAGGAAGAGUGGAAGGUGCAGCAGCAUCCUGCCAAUCCCCUAAAACUACACCUAAGCCGAAGAUGAAGGGGAUCCUGCUAAUAAGCUCCUUAAUAUGGACCUUCACAGGAGCCACAUCUGUGGAGACCAGAGGCACAAGCCCCCAUCAGCCAAGGAACCUGACCUGGAUGCUGAUUGAUAGCGACACUGGGGAGGUCGCCAACUCCACACAACGCACUGCGCCAAUCGUAACUUGGUGGCCUGACCUGUACUUCUGCUUUCGGCAGAUCAACCCCGUUUACCAAUCCGUCCCUCCAAAUGUGGCUCGCUCCCAUGGGUUUUAUGCUUGCCCAGGAACAGGUAAAGGAAAGCGAUGUGGGGGGGGACAAGACUUCUUUUGUGCCAGCUGGGACUGUGUAACCUCGAACGAUGGGGAUUGGAGAUGGACAGUUACAAAAAUCGAUUCUGUCAAAUUUACUUAUGUCAACAAGGGCAUCCCUCGUUACCAGACUAUG